AUGAGCCAAAUUGCUCCAAAGUGGUACCAAUCUGAAGACGCUCCAGUCGCAAGACAAACCAGAAAGACUUCUCGUCCACAAAAGUUACGUGCCUCGUUAGUUCCAGGUACCGUCUUGAUUUUGUUGGCCGGUAGAUUCAGAGGUAAGAGAGUUGUCUACUUAAAGAACUUAGAAGACAACACCUUAUUAGUUUCCGGUCCAUUCAAGGUCAACGGUGUUCCAUUAAGAAGAGUUAACUCUCGUUACGUCAUUGCCACCUCCACCAAGGUUAACGUUGAAGGUGUUGAUGUUUCCAAGUUCAACGUUGAAUACUUCGCUAGAGAAAAGGUUCCAAGAUCUAAGAAGUCUGAAGCUGAUUUCUUCAACGAAGCUCAACCAAAGAAAGAAAUCAAGGCUGAAAGAGUUGCUGACCAAAAGUCCGUCGAUGCCUCUUUAUUAUCUGAAAUCAAGAAAACUCCAUUAUUAAAGCAAUACUUAUCUGCUUCUUUCUCCUUAAAGAGCGGUGACAAACCACAUUUAUUAAAGUUCUAA